GGAAGAACUACCCCCACCCUCAAUGGAAUUUGUUUGUGGUUUUGUAACUGCGUUGUCACAAAGGCACAUUGGCGUGGACCUCAGUUUGUCACAGUAAUCUAAUCCAAAGGAGAGUGUAUAUUUGGUAUUGAAAGAUGAAUAGAAGGCCGUCCACAGAAUACAUUGACACAGAUGAAAAUGGACAUGAAAUGCUUUCCUGUGAACCUCUGGGAGUAAAAGACAAAAAGGUGGAACUGGGGAAGAAGGUGACAUUGCUUUCUGGGAUUUCAGUCAUUGUUGGGACCAUCAUUGGAGCUGGGAUCUUCAUUUCACCAAAAGGAAUUCUUAAACACUCAGGCAGCGUUGGAAUGUCUCUGAUAGUGUGGGUUAUUUGUGGUGUGCUUUCACUCUUUGGAGCCUUGUCCUAUGCUGAACUGGGAACUUGUAUUAAGAAGUCUGGUGGGCAUUACACAUACUUACUGGAGGCUUUUGGUCCACAUUUGGCUUUUAUUAAACUAUGGACUGAUCUCAUUGCUAUCAGGCCUGCUGGGAUGGCAGUCAUUGGUCUGGCGUUUGGGCAGUACAUUCUGGAACCUUUCUUUAUGCCGUGUGAUACUCCACCUCUUGCUGUCAAACUGAUCACAGCCAUUGGCCUUGCCUUAGUAAUGUACACAAAUAGUAUGAGUGUGACAUGGACAGCGCGGAUCCAAAUCUGCUUCACCCUCUGUAAGCUGGUGGCUAUCAGCACAAUCGUAGCUCCUGGAUUGUACCAGUUCUUCAAAGGAGAGACGCACAACUUUGAGAAUGCCUUUCAACGAAGCAACAUGAACCUCUCAACUUUACCUCUGGCCUUUUACUCUGGAAUGUAUGCAUAUGCUGGGUGGUUCUACCUAAAUUUUGUUACAGAGGAAAUUCAUAAUCCUGAGAGGACAGUGCCCUUGGCCAUCUGUAUCUCCAUGGCGAUCGUGACAACCUGCUAUGUGCUGGUUAAUGUGGCCUACUACACCGUGAUGUCAGUUGAAGAGCUCCUGGACUCAGAAGCAGUUGCUGUGACAUUUGCAAAGAAGUUGAUGGGAAAUUUUUCAUUAGCAGUACCAGGAUUUGUGGCCAUGUCGUGCUACGGCUCCAUGAAUGGUUCCCUCUUGGUCCUGUCAAGAACAUUCUUGGUGGCAUCACGUGAAGGACAACUACCUGAGGUUUACUCCAUGAUUCACAUUCGCAGAAACACUCCAGUAGCUGCCAUCAUCCUAUUGUAUCCAAUCACCAUGCUCCAGCUGUUUCUGGGAGACAUCUACAGCCUGUUAAACUUCAUGAGCUUUCUGCGGUGGCUAUCAAUUGGUGUGGUAGUAUUUGGUUUAAUCUACCUUCGAUACACACGGCCUGACCUCCCACGCCCCUUUAAGGUACCGAUUUUCAUCCCAGUGGUGUUCAGCCUUUCUUGUUUCUUCAUGGUCUUCCUCUCGCUGUACUCAGACCCACCCAACACAGGCAUUGGAUUUGCCAUUUCCCUGACUGGGAUCCCUGCCUACUACAUAUUUGUACGCUUCAAUCGUAGGCCCAAGUGGUUGCAAAGGAUAUUAGAUUCUAUCAACAGAAGCUUACAGAUUCUCCUGGAAGUGGUCCCUGCAGAGAAAUAAGGGCAACCACCUUCUACAAAAAACAGCUACUCUACUCUAUUUUCUUCUUUGGCUCUCUUCUGAGGCAAACACUUUUUCUUCUGCGCCUCUCACUCAUCUUUCUUGCUUUUCAGCACCCUCUUAACUCCCUUACCCCUUCUUCUCCUGUGCUUUGAGACAUUGUGAGGACUCACGAGGCUGUCUACAUGGCAACGAGAUGAAGUGUUUCCCCAUUCCUUUCUCUAGUGCAGUGAAGCUCCAAAAGAGAUGGCUGCAGACUCCUGCUCAGGCAUCUGGGCUGGAACGUUCCCGACUCAAUCUUACCCCUGACCCACUACCACAUGCGCUAGUCUCUGUAUCAUGUAUUCAUGUAUGCCUCAUCGCUGAGUUUUUUUCCACAAAUCCAUUCUGUGCUCCCCUUACUGAAGCUCAGUCUGGGGUUGUUGUUUUCCUUCCCACUCCAUGUUUUUUCAUCUACAAAAACGAUGCGCUGUAAAAGGU